AUGGUUGCUAUUACUGCUCUCAAAUAUUUUGCAUUGCUAAUUGUUGUUAUACCAUUCUGUAAUAGUCUUAUUGAUAUACGUCAUCGUUUUGAACUUCCUCAAAUACCGGCUGAUUUAAAGGAAGAAAUUUUGUUUGAAUGUAAAUCAACAUUUAUCAAAUUUCUCCAAGCAAAUAAACGUAAGACAACAACAACAACAACAACGACAACAGUAAUACCAACAAAUGAAACGGUAGAAAAUGGAACAGGGACGGUAUCACCACUACCAUAUACGGAAGAAAUAUCACCAACGGAUAGUCAGCAAUGUCCGAUGGUAAUAAAUAAUUGUAUUUUAACAAAAACAAGCCCGUUUAUGGAAUAUUGUGAAGUGAAGUGUUUAACAAUUUCCAAAACAUUAACAAGUGAUUUACAAUGUUGGAAUGAUAACUGCUUCGUUCGUGCCACACGUAUUUGUGAAGAAAAGUUUUGGCGUACGGUAAAAGCAAAAAAUAGGAAAAAGAAGAAGAAGCGAAUGCGUUGUAUACCGGAAAUUAAGCAUUGUUAUAAAUUGGCAUGUUUAAAAUGUCUUGGACGAGAAUGUAAUAUGAAUUGUUACGGUGGUGGUAUACAGUAUACACAUCUUACAAAGCCACACUGGAAAGGUUAUGAAGAGUAUAGAAAAUUUUUCCCUGAAAUGGCAGAAGAUAUUCUUCACAAAUUGGUUCUUGUUCCCGAAAAAACGAUUACCAUUGAAGAUGAUGAACAAAAGUAG